GGUGGGGUUCAGUUCUCUUCCCUUUCUUUUAUCUUCUCAAUUAGUUAAAUCGAUGUCUUAAAACACAAAUUCCAGAGUAUCAAAAGUCCCAACAAAAAUAUUAAGAAGAACAAAAGUGGCUUUUGCCAUUGUUGCUUUCAAAAGCAAAGCAUCAUCUUCUGCCGCACUGUCGGAUUCUUCUGCUUCUUCUUCUUCCCUUUCUUUUUCUUCUUCUCUUGUUCAUUGGGGCGAUAAUGGCCAAGGAGAUGCACAAGGAUGAGAAAGAUUUUUCGGUUGCUGUUACUUGGAAAUGUGCUGAUGUGAAGCUCCUCCUCGUCUCCCUCUUCUCCCUUUGCUCCCUCAUCACCUUGUUUCAGCUCUUCCCUUCGACUUCUAGCUUUCUCUCGUGUUUUUCUACGGUCGAUUCACGUCCACUGCAGUUUGCUGCUCUCUCCCCUCCUCCGCCUCCUCCUCCUCCUCCUCGAAGUGUUCAUCCUCUGAAAGCAGAGCAGCUCACGAAUGACUCCGUUGUGAAGAGAUCUUUCAACCCCGUCGGCUCCGCAGCGUACCUCUUCAUCCAGAUGGGAGCCUACCGAGGCGGCGCCAACAACUUCGUCGUCAUCGGGCUCGCCUCCAAGCCGCUCCACGUCUUCGCCAAGCCACAAUUCGAGUGCGAGUGGAUCGCUCACGGCGGCGGCGGAGGCGAAUCAGCCUCCAUCUUCGCUUCCGGUUACAAGAUCCUCCCCGACUGGGGCUACGGCCGGGUCUACACCGUCGUCGUCGUCAACUGCACCUUCCCGACCGCCGUCGGCCUCGACGGCUCCGGCGGCCGCCUCGUCAUCCACGCGACCACGGGCGGCGGCGGGGACCGCGAGGUCACCACCGCCGAGCGGUUCGUGGCAGUGGAAGAGGCGCCGGGGAGCGUCGACGCGUCCUCCUUCUCGGCGCCGCCCAAGUACCAGUAUCUCUACUGCGGCUCUUCCCUCUACGGCAACCUCAGCCCGCAGCGCGUCAGGGAAUGGCUGGCCUACCACGCGCGGUUCUUCGGCGUGGGCAAGUCUCACUUCGUCAUCCACGACGCCGGCGGCGUCCACCCGGAGGUGAUAGCGGUGCUGCGGCCAUGGAUGGAGAAGGGGAUGGUGACGCUGCAGGACAUCAGGGAACAGGAAAGGUUCGACGGCUACUACCACAACCAAUUCCUGGUGGUGAACGAUUGCCUUCACAGGUACAAGUUCAUGGCCAAGUGGAUCUUCUUCUUCGACAUCGACGAGUUCCUCUAUCUUCCUCCCAAAACGAGUAUCGACUCGGUGCUCGCAUCCCUCGCCGGCUACUCCCAGUUCACCAUAGAGCAGAUGCCCAUGUCCAGCAAGCUCUGCCAAUCCAGCGACUACGGCAAAACUCCAAGGAUGUGGGGGAUGGAGAAGUUGGUGUACAGGAACGCGAAGAGGGGCGUGAGGCGAGAUCGGAAGUACGCGAUCCAGCCGCGGAGCGCGUACGCCACGGGGGUGCACAUGUCGCAGAACGUCGCCGGGAGGAGCACGCACCAAACGGAAGCGCGGAUCAGGUACUUCCACUACCACGGCACCAUCGCCGACCGCCGGGAGCCCUGCCGGGAGUUCGUCAACGCCACCGCCGUCACCACCCACGACGGCACGCAGUACGUGCUCGACGACACCCUCCGACGCGUCGCAGGCGCCGUGAAGAGGUUCGAGCAGAAGACGAUCGGGCCCAGGCUGUCCCGCACGAGGCAGUGACCUUCCCCGUUCCACCAUUGCCUGAUUCUUUCCUCACCGCCACACACAAACUUCUUCCAGCGCAGGCCAUCGGACCAGGAUCUCGGCAGAUUUCUGCAGCAAAAGACAGCAUGAACUUUCCAAAAAAAACAAAAAAAAAAGUGAUUUUUUUUCUCUCCAUCGAUUAGAAUGCUAAAUGAUUGUCCAUCCAAUUUCUUCACGGAUUUUACAAUUGGGAGAUUGCAGUACUGGAUCUCCGUAUGUCUCUUUACCCACGUACAUAA